AUGUAUAAAAACCAAAAUUUGAACGAGGUUCUCACUCAUAUACCACAAAAUGCAACAGAAAUUCAAAAACAAAUAAUUCAAGCAAAGGUCCAAGCAGUACGAAGUUCCACUGUCAAAGAUAUUAAUGAAUCUGACGUGAAAUGGUUUACUCUAAUGGAAGAUGGGACGAGAGGCUAUGGCAUGACCCUGGGCUUCCCCACCAUCCUCAUUCCCGCAGUAAUCCAGCCGCGCGACGGUGAAGUCCUGCACUUGAACGCUUCGGAAGUAUCCUGGAUUGGUUCCAUCAACCUCAUCGUGGUUCCCUUGGGUUGCGCAAUGUCUGGCGUUGUGACGUCCCCGUUAGGAAGGCGGCGCGCCAUGCAAGCAGUGAACCUGCCUUUCUUCAUAGCGUGGCUCAUAUUCCACUUUUCGUCAACAACGGGCCACCUGUACGGCGCCUUGUUCCUCACCGGCCUGGCCGGUGGAUUGCUUGAAGCACCCGUGCUGACGUACGUGGCGGAGAUAACGCAGCCGUACCUGCGCGGAUCCCUGUCUGCCACCAGCUCCAUGUGCAUCAUCAUCGGCGUCUUCACCCAGUUCCUGUUCGGCUUGCUGAUGUACUGGCGCACCGUGGCGCUUGUCAACAUCACCUUUACGAUACUAUCCGUGUUGGCACUGUUCUUCGUUCCCGAGUCUCCACAUUGGUUGGUUUCCAAAAAACGCCACGCUGAUGCUCGUAAGAGUUUGCAGUGGCUGCGUGGCUGGACCACGCCGCAAGCUGUAGAGGCCGAACUAAAAGAUAUACAAGCGUUGUUCAAAACGAAAAAAGGUUGGGAAUUUGUUGCAAAUCCUAGAUGUAAUUGA